CAGUGUUGAGUUGGGAGAAAGAUCUGGGAAGGGUGGUCGGUAUUUGGUGAGAUGAAUGAAAAGAGCGGGGUAGGGAUCCGGCGGAGGUGCUCCCCAGUCCGAAGAUGUGGGAGGAAGGGGAAGACUCCGUGAUCUUGCUGUGCCUCACAGCCAGCAGCGGGGUGCCCUUGUAUUGUAGGAGCCGGGGCGGCUCCGUGAAGCAGCAGCUGCCCUUCUCUGUGAUUGGCUCCCUGAAUGGGGUUCACAUGUUUGGUUCCAACCUGGAUGUCAUGCUGACAGCUGCCUGUACAGAGAACACUCGUGUGGUGUGGAAAGUGUUCCACAACAGCAUCACCCUCAUUGUCCUGUCUUCUGAUGAAGGUACCAGUGACUUCAGCCUUGGGAAGCUCCUGGAGAAUGUUUUCAGUGCCAUGGUUCUGGUGUUGGGUCUGGAGGAACUGGUUAACACACGUAACGUCGAACGCCUCAAAAAGGACCUGAAGGCAUGUUACAAAUUAAUUGAUAGCUUCCUAGAGCCCAGCAAAUGCAGCGCUGACCUGACCCAGUGUGUGGAGUGUGCUGUGAUGCCCUCCAGGGCCAUCCUGCAGGAAUGCCUGGAAGCCUUUGCCAGCGCUGCUGAGUCUCGGUUUGGCAGUUUGCUCACAGGGGGUCAUGUGCUGUGUGCCACAGAGCAGUGGUGGCAGCUUGCAGCCCAGGAGGCCAUGCUGCUGAUGUGGCUAGUGCGCACACUGCCCCCUCACACCUCUCGCGAUCUACCUGUUUACCUUCCUCACGGCAGUCCCACGGUCCCCCACCGCUUUCUGACCUUCCAGCUUGUUCCUGGUUUGGAAGUGGUGCUGUUGUGCGGGCCGAGUCCCUCGUUGCAGUUCCUGGCUGAUGAGCUAGUGAAGCAGUUUUGGCAACCACUGCUGGAUCUUCUGAAGGCAAGCGCCAGAGCCUCUCCUCGCUGCCUCCUUCCAAGCACAUCUCUUGCCCCUGGCAUCCUUGGGGUGUUGUUGAUCAACCAAGACCAGAGGAAAAGUCUCUUCACGGUACAACCUCAUGGCACCUGGGCAGAAGGAUCUGAGAUGCCCCUGAAGAAUCGUCUGUGUGCCCUCCGCUCCUUUUAUGCCUUAGUUAUCUCUUUGUACUUUCCCUCCGAGAAGUCAGAAGGGACCACAGUGCCUCUACAGGAGGAAUUCCAAGCAGGUUUUUCUCAUCACCCUCAGCAUUGCUAUGUGGUCAGCGCCACACACAAGGCCUAUGCUGUCCAAGGAAGGAGGCACCAGCUAUUCUUGCUCCUGAAGCCAGACGUGCCCACCUUUGCUCUCCGCUCCCUGGCAACCAGCACACUGCAGGCCCUCACAACUGAGGAUUCUGCCAUCUGAUCUGGAAAAUUCCUAAUUCAGUUCUAGAAUGGCCUCCCCCAAAAAACAUUUCAUGUACCACAGCAGCCCAGAUACAGAAGAAAUUCCCAAAGCAGGACAAUUUCUGAAGAUGGGAGCAAGUCCUCCCGACUCUCUGGCUGUUAAAUGGGAAGUAACCAAGACACUCUUGCCUUUGGUGACUGGUUGGGGCCUCCCUUCCUACUUCCUGUACAGCAAGGAAUGCUUAAUCUUUAAAAGAAGUUGACAAGAAUUGCAUUUCCCAGUACUGUCUAUAGAUAUUUAUGCAUUGGUUUCACACAAACAUACAUCAAGGAAUGCAAUUAAACCUCCCGCAGAAGACUGUUGAGACAGAUUCAUCAAAAGGGAUAGUAGACUCAGAGGCAAGGAAUCCAGAUUCACAACAUGGAACAGCUCAACACAGCAAUUGGCUCACCUGGGAUGGAAGAUGCCUGUUGUGGCUGUGUGGGCAUGGGAAGUCUGAUGACGACUGAAAUCGGCAUCAGCCCAUCUUUCCCCCGCAGCUGGGUGCAUUUACUUCUACCUCAUUAUCUCCUCUUACAAUUUCCAUGGUAACCUGUUCGGCUUUUCUCAACUUCACACACUGGGU